AGUCCACUCUGUUAUAGAUUUGAAUCUCUUUCUUCAACAUUAGUGAUCAUAUGGAUGAUAAGAUUCAAGUUGAAGUCAUCCUAUGUCAAAGAUCUUGACAAUAUGAAACUCUAUUUUGUGGUGGUGCCUUCUGCAAUUCUUGCAAUACUAAAUCAUCCUUCUACAAAUGGAUGGAGAAUAACUGGAAAUUUUAUGGCAUUCAGUAUGUAUUUAGAAGCUAUUUCUGUCAUGCCUCAGCUUCGUUUAAUGCAAAAUGCAAAGAUGAUUGAAACAUUUACAGGAUAUUAUGUAUUUGCUCUCGGUGUUUCAAGAUUCAUGGCACUGCCUCAUUGGAUAGUUCAGGUUUAUCACUUACGAGCUCACAGCUCUAUUCCUAGCAGCAAGAUUAUUAAGUCGAAAAUCAAGUGUACAUAA